GCGGCGUCCUGAGAGCGUAACAUCUGCGUUUCUAGGAUCUUCGCGCUGCGGGUGGCUUAAGUCUCUCAGGUUGUAGAGGUUCACGCCAGGGUAAUAGUCUGGCAGAAACUUUGAACUUUGAGAUUUUCAACACUUAGGCAAAGAAGAGGACAUAGAGAUUUGUGUUUAGAAAUUAUUGCUGGAGCCGGAGAAAUAGUACAGCAGGAAUUGACCUUAGAAUCGAAUACCUACAAGAUGGCUCUAAGUAAAUCAAUGCAUGCAAGAAACAGAUACAAGGACAAACCACCAGACUUUGCAUAUCUGGCAUCCAAAUAUCCAGAUUUUAAGCAGCAUGUUCAGAUAAAUCUUAAUGGAAGAGUGAGUCUUAAUUUUAAAGAUCCUGAAGCAGUUCGAGCUCUGACAUGUACACUCCUGAGGGAAGAUUUUGGACUUUCUAUUGAUAUUCCGUUGGAAAGACUAAUUCCCACAGUUCCCUUGAGACUCAACUAUAUUCACUGGGUGGAAGAUCUGAUCGGUCAUCAAGACUCUGACAAAAGUACUCUCCGGAGAGGAAUUGACAUAGGUACUGGGGCAUCCUGCAUCUACCCUUUACUUGGAACAACUUUAAAUGGCUGGUAUUUUCUUGCAACUGAAGUGGAUGAUAUGUGCUUCAACUAUGCAAAGAAAAAUGUAGAACAGAAUAACUUAUCUGAUCUCAUAAAAGUGGUGAAAGUACCACAGAAAACACUCCUGAUGGAUGCUCUUAAAGAAGAAUCUGAAAUAAUUUAUGACUUUUGCAUGUGCAACCCACCUUUUUUUGCUAAUCAGUUGGAAGCCAAGGGAGUAAACUCUAGAAAUGCUCGAAGGCCUCCACCUAGCUCUGUAAACACAGGAGGUAUCACAGAGAUCAUGGCAGAGGGAGGUGAAUUGGAGUUUGUUAAAAGGAUCAUCCAUGACAGUUUACAGCUUAAAAAAAGAUUAAGGUGGUACAGCUGUAUGCUGGGGAAGAAAUGCAGCCUGGCUCCUCUCAAGGAAGAACUUCGUAUACAAGGGGUUCCCAAAGUCACCUUCACUGAAUUUUGUCAAGGUCGGACAAUGAGAUGGGCUUUAGCUUGGAGUUUUUAUGAUGAUGUAACGGUACCUUCACCACCAAGUAAACGAAGAAAAUUAGAGAAGCCAAGAAAACCCAUCACAUUUGUGGUAUUGGAAUCUGUGAUGAAAGAAUUAUCUCUCAAGUCCUCGUCUCUGGGCUCCGAGAGAGAGGAAGGCAUAGUAGUUGUGACAACAUGGAUCGAAAAAAUCCUCACCGAUCUAAAGGUCCAGCAUAAAAGAGUUCCCUGUGGAAAGGAGGAAGUUAGCCUUUUCCUAACAGCCAUAGAAAACUCCUGGAUUCACUUACGGAGAAAGAAAAGAGAACGCGUGCGACAGCUGAGAGAGGUUCCUCGAGCUCCUGAAGAUGUCAUCCAGGCUUUGGAAGAGAAAAAGGCUGCCCCCAAAGAGCCUGGCGGUAGCCCAGAUUUGGCCAAGGGCACCCUGGAGAGUGCCCUGCGUGGGCCUGCCCCAGCCGAAGGUCCGCCCAAUACUGCUGAGUGCCAUGGGCCACACCAGGAUUCACUUUCCCAGGAGGAAAACCCAGAGCCCAUGGAGGAUGAAAGGAGUGAGGAAAAGGGAGGGGUGGAGGGUUCGGAAAGUUGUGAAGGCUCCAGUAAUGGGGCCCAGGACCAGGAGGCUUCUGAGCGGCUCAGCAACCCAGUGUCUGAGAAAGGAAACCGUCUCCAAGGAGUGGCUGGACAGUACCUCUUUAAGUGUUUGAUAAAUGUUAAAAAGGAGGUGGAUGACGCCUUAGUUGAAAUGCAUUGGGUUGAGGGUCAGAACAGGGAUUUGAUGAACCAGCUUUGUACCUAUAUACGUAACCAAAUUUUCAGGGUGGUUGCUAGUUAACUAAGCAUCUUGCCCUGUUGGGACUAUGAUUUUCUAUAAAACAGCUUUUUGUGGCGUGACCUGUGGGGUGACUGGAGAAAUUCUACCAUUAACCCACUGGUAGCAUUAUGUAGAAUUAUCUUUAAAAACUGAUACAGGGAACCAGAGAGAUAGUACAGGGGAUAGGCUACUAACUGGAUAGGACCCCAGUUCAACCCCUGGCACCAUAUAUAGUCCCCUAAGCAUUGCCAGGAUUACCUCCUGAGCACUGCUGGAUGUGGCCCGAACUCCCACAAAGGAAAUCGCAGAAGUAGAUGUAAAUCAAUCCAUUAUAAAUAGAACCCCAACCCCCCUCUUUUUUUCUAAGUAUAGGGCAUUGUAUUAUGAUAAUUCAGAAGAAGAAUUAUGGUUAUUAGUAUCACAAACAAAAAAAUUAUAAGGAAUUUAACCCAGACCUCUACUGAUCUCCUUUGCUUUAGUCUGGUCCUUUUGAGAGAGGAUAUCUUGAAGUUGAUCAAAAUAGCACAGAUUAUCUGACUGUUGGUGUGACCCAUCCUUCCCUCUGUCCGUCCCUCCCUCCUUCCUUCCUCCCUUCCUUCCUUUUCUUCCUUUCUUCCUGCCUUCUUUCCUUCCACCACACCAUGCGGUGCUUAAACCUGGUUCUGCACCCAAGGAUCAUUCCUCAUGGAUUCGGGCAGACCAUAUGAGAUGCCAGGGAUUGAACCCAGGGCAGCCUCGUGUGAGGCUAGUGCCCAUCUACUCUCUCUGGCUGCUCCCUCCCUCCCUCCCUUCCUUCCUUUCUUCCUUCCUUCCUUUCUUCCAUAUUUCAUUCCUUCCUUUAACUUAGUGGUACCUGGAAUCACACACCCAGGGCUUCACACAUGCAAGAUAAUAUGCUUCACCACUACGUGCCCCACCCUGCAUGUUUAUUUUCAUUAACAGUCUGCAAAAUAUGUGUCUCACAUACCUUUUUGAGAAGGGCUGCUUUCUUCUUCUCUGAAUGGAGCCAGUCCCUGAGUAGAAAGCUUUUUACCUUCUUCUAAUCAACUCUAAGGCAAAUGGUUUCCCUCCAGGUACAUAUAGUUAAUUUUCCCUGCAUCAGUCCUGAGAAAGGAACUGGGCUUGUGAUAGGGGGUGGGAGAGUCGGAUAGAGAGAUCUUAGAAGGCCAGGAAGAAGGGCCAGUCCUGGGAACACAUGGAAACGUCACAAUUGCUGACUCACGUCUGUUUUGACGUUGCUUAUUUCCUAACAGAAUUAAGUAUGCAAAACUCUUAGAUAGGGCUAGGACAUGAGUCUAUAGCUAGCUCCUUACUUCCCUCCUUUUGAAAGUACUGUAUUGUUGCCAUUUUAUUGUGAAUGCAUGUAAUUUGUUUUGACAUUUGAAGAUGGUGCUUUGUUUUGUUUUUAAUACGAUUAUUCAGAAUUGAAAAUUUUCAAUCCUAUUUGAGUCCAGGACUGGAUAUAGCAUUUUCUUCACUUUGAGUCUGUAACGACUGAUGACAGAAGGCACUUGCCUUGCACACAGCUGACCCAGAUUUGAUCCCCAGCACCCCAAAUGGUCCUCAGAGCCCACUAGGAGUGAUCACUGAGCCAAAAACCAAGAGUAAACCCUGAGAACAGCUGAGUAUGGCCCUAAAACAAAAACCGUUCUCUGAUUCAUAGCCAGAUUCAUACUCAGGGCUAGAGUGCAUACUUUGCAUGUGGGUGUCCCUGGUUCAAAUCCCUGCCACUGUACAUGGUCCCCAAGCACACAGGGGUGACCCUGAGCACCUCUGGUGCUCACAACAGACAAAACAAAAAUCUGAUUCAGGACCAACAAGACAAAACAAAAAAUCUGAUUCAGGACCAGGGAUAUAGUUCAGCAAUAGUUCGCUUUUCCUUACAUGUGUGAAGCCCAAGGCCCAAUCCCCAGUGCCACAAAUGAAAAAAAAAAAGAAAAUUUGAUCUAUUGGCAGACAGAUUGUAGUUGAUCAAAUAAUGCACUUUGUUCCUUUAUAAUCCUUUCUGUUAAUGCUAACCUGUUCACAUUAGAGAAUUAUGAGGUCAGGUUAACUUAGACCUCAUUCUCUUUCCCCCUUUAUUUAGUAAGACUUGCUUUUAUUGCCAUGCAGUCCAACAAACAUGAGUAAUUGCCACAUCAAUUCUUUUAUUCAGUGGCAACGUAAACACUCACACAUUCUGAAAUAAAGGAGUUGGUAUAUUAGAGUUGCACCAUAGAA